GAUACAUGCUGACUUCAGCUAAGUAUGAUUAUGAAACAUAUGCUCAAUUAAAUUGUCAAUUUAAAGGAAAGAACGAUGGAGGAAGAGAUCUAGAAGUAGAAUUAUGUGCAUUUAACAUUGGAGUGCAAUAUAGAGACCACAUUGACGCAUUCAAGACCGUUGUGCGAGAACGUGACUAUGAUAUCGGCGUUUUUGUAGGAGUUCUAGAGAAAGAAUUUCAUUGGAGCAAGACAGGUGUAAAUUUAGGUUAA